GCUUCACUGUCUACAAACUCGCGCAUUCUCUUUACGACACUCGUUGGAGAUGCUUAUAAUACUUGCAAUCCCCUAAUGCCCGCCUACUUCUUCCACCUCGUCUUUGAGCUCUAUCCUACCCGCUCCUCGCCAGACGCGACCUUCACCCCGCCGCCGAAUACCGACAUCUUCAAGUCGGAGCUCCCCGUACACCAACGGGCUUCUUGGACUUCUCUCGCACCAACUUCACGAGUAUACGAUAGCCCUUCGAAGCCUGUACCCUCUAGCAGUGACGUCACCCAGCUUGCUCCACCUCGUGAAAGGCCGUCUGCCACGCGUCGCUCUAGUCAACGGACGCGACCUUCAUUCUCAGAGCACCACGAUAGCCCCGUACCCGUAGUCAAGCCGCCGAAGAGGCCGGCCCACAGGCGGACACAGAGCUUUGCGCAUAGAGACUGGCGGUUCGACACCAUCUCCAUCAUCAGCAUCGACAUGAGCGCAAGCAAUGGCGCCGACAUGACUCGACCUCACACCCAAUCCCUCAAGCACCCCUCGCACGCUACAAAUUCUGGCGGCUUAGCUACAAAGGGCAGAUUCAUACCCUCAGAUCUGAAGGGCACCGAAGUCGGUUGGGGCGUGGUGCACUUGUACCGCGAUGGACAAGGGACGCCGGGCUUAUACGAUGAGGUCGAUGGAGCAAGCAAAGACUUCCACGAGGAGGACUGCACAACCUUGUGUAUACUGGCGGUGCCAUCGUACAUGACGCCCUCGGACUUCCUAGGCUUCAUGGGGGAGCAGACGAGGGAGCAUGUGUCUCACUUCCGGCUUAUCAGAACGAGUAGGGCGAAUAAAUACAUGGUGCUGAUGAAGUUUCAGGAAGCACAACAGGCGAGAGAGUGGAGGAAGGAGUGGGAUGGCAAGGCUUUCAACAGUAUGGAGCCCGAAUACUGCCACGUCGUCUUCGUCAAGUCAAUCACCUUCCAGAACGGCGACUCAAACCGCGACCCUACCUCGUAUCCCGAUCUCACCAACGACCCCUUCGCACCUGCUCCUACCAAGCAGCCUACCGCCCCUCUUCCGCCAGCUGCUGGCAUGUCCUCGCCCGAUGAAGGUCCCUCGCUCACCACAUCGCUUACAGUAAAACCACACGCUCCACCUACACCGUCGCUGGUCGAGCUGCCUACCUGUCCAGUCUGCCUUGAGCGCAUGGACGAAACGACCGGCCUCCUCACAAUCCUGUGCCAACACGUUUUCCACUGUGCCUGUCUGGAGAAAUGGCGCGGUUCAGGUUGCCCAGUUUGCCGCUAUACACAGAAUGAUGCCUUUACUUCACACCGCGGCUCUGAAGGCGACGGGCCGGACAACGAGUGCAGCGUGUGCGGCUCCACCCAGAACCUCUGGAUAUGCCUGAUCUGCGGCAACACAGGCUGUGGCCGCUAUGACUCUGCGCACGCUUUCGCUCACUACGAAGCUACGAGCCACACGUACGCCAUGGAUGUGGAGACGCAGCAUGUUUGGGACUAUGCAGGAGAUGGAUAUGUACACCGCCUCAUACAGAACAAAGCCGAUGGGAAAUUGGUAGACAUGCCUGCCUCUACGCAUCAGUCCUUCAGUGCACCCGGAAUGACUGGCUACGCCAAUGACACCGUUCCGCGCGAGAAACUAGAUAAUAUGGGUAUGGAGUAUGCAUACCUGCUCACCUCGCAACUCGAGUCUCAGCGCACGUACUUUGAAGAACAACUCGAGCGCGCAGUUGACAAAGCCGCGAAAGCGGCCUCGUCUGCUGAUGAGGCAUCGCGUGCCGUGGCAUCCCUCUCCCAAAGAUUCGACAAGCUGUCUCUUCAGUAUAGCGAAGCUACAGCUAUGAUUGCUUCUUUGGAAAAAGAAUCUGCAAGAAACGUACAGAAAGCGUCCUCUGCGGCGGAACUGGCCCGCAAACUCACCAAACAGUAUAAAGAAGAGCAAACCAUCAAUGAAUCUCUCAUGGGACGCAUCAAGCACCUUGAGCAGAAAGCCGACGACGCGGCGAUCCGGGUACAAGAGAUUGAGGCGCAAAAGAUGGACCUUGAGGAACAGAACAGAGACUUGUCAUUUUUCAUUUCGGGACAAGAAAAGCUAAAGGAGAUGCAAGCUAACGAGGUCAUGGGACUGCAAGAAGGCGAAGUAGAAGGCGGAACCUUGGAGGUUGGUGACAAAGGCAAGGGAAGGCGGAAGGGGAAGAAGAAAGCGUGAUCUACAGAAUCGAUAGCUUGAAGAGUAUCCCAAUAGGGGCUGGCGCAGAGAAGCGUGCUUGCGGUGGGAACUUGGCGUUUUUGCAUUAUUUUAGAGUUGUAGCGGCAUUGGUUACGGAGUCAUGAUGCUACGAGAUACCCAUGGAUAUGUUCCUCAGAACUCGAACAAAUUACAAUGAGUCUCUACUCAUUCACUGUCACUAUGGUAGAAAUACACUAGGUACAAAUGUAUAUUGAGAACGCGCCCUACAACAUGCUGCAAGGCUGUCGUACAUUACAGAGAGAGUGGG